AAUAGAGGAACAGCGCCCCUAGCAAGGCCCUAGUAAAUGAAGAUUUAGCCUCAAGCCACGAGUCACAUCGAAACUUUAGAAUGAUUAAAAGUCUUUGACCCUUGCUUUCAGGAGAGCCGUGGAGAUGGCCGAGGCUGAGGGCAAGAGAAGGCCAGCAAACCUUAACGGAGAAACAAAGUCGGUGGGUCGGGUCGGACUCCCGCAGGUGGUGCGGAUUCUGUCAGAAGUGUAUGGUGACCGGAUGACGUCUCAGAGCGGAGAGUCUGAGGGAGAGAGUUUCCCUCUGCAGCAGAAGCUGCUGGUCUGCUGCCUCCUGCUCCUCACCAGCAAAGGAAAGGGCAAAGAAACCCAUCUGGGGAAGCUCUAUGAGGUGUACAGCCGUGUGUGUGGUCAGAGACACGUGCCAGCAGUCGGGCAGGGCGAGUGUCUGACGCUCUGCAGCCUGCUGGAGAGUCGGGGAAUCUUUGCCCUCAAGAAGGCCAAAGAGGCUCGUCUCACUAAGGUGUUUCUGAAGAUUGAAGAGAAGGAUGUUGAGAACGCUCUAAAGGACCGAACGCUGCUGGGCAGCAUCCUCUCUGCUGGACUAACCUCAUGAUGUCUUCUGUUAGAUUUUUUUCUGUCAGUUUGGAUCUUUACUUUUUUAUUCUCUGAAGCAGAAGCACUGUUCUACUGGAUCGCUGUGCUGUGAAGAGAUGGUGUGUUUUCAGAUUUUUGAAAGUCUCUUUUGAUGCUGUAAAUAAACAUUCACUGACACACA